UUUUUGCUUAGGCUAUUAAUUUUUGCCAUGUUUCUCUUGAAUGGAGCACAACUUAGCUCUUGUCAUUCGGCUUACCCUCCAAACUACGACAGGGAAAAGGGUAUUUUGUUCGACUUUUUUCCUGCUCAAAAGCGUACACUUCCAAAGCGAACAAUGAARAAGACCAAGUAUGUCAAAGAUAAUAUGGACUGCGUGUUCGAAUGCAUGGGUGUCCAUUGGUGCCGUUCGAUCAAUUUUAAAAUCGCCUCUCGUGCGAACGGUCUCCACGCCUGUCAACUGCUUUCAUCUGAACAGUUCUCUGGGAAAAAGUACAUGGGACCUAACGAGGCAUACAAUCAUUAUAGUGUGAAGAAUCCAUGCCAAGAAACUCCAUGUCGUAAUGGUGGCAAGUGCUUCUUCCAGGAAAACAGGCAGCAUUAUGACUGUCAAUGCAAUGAGGGAUUUGAUGGAGAACACUGCGAGAAAGGAAGAUGCAAUGACGCACUUGGCAUGGAAAGCAACGCAAUCCCUGAUUCAAAAAUAACCGCUUCGUCGUAUUCAGCAAGCUAUCUCCCAUCUUAUGCCAGACUGAAUGCAGCCCUUGGUAAUGGUGGAUGGACAGCUAAUCCUAAUACACUAGGAGAUUGGAUACAAGUUGACCUGAGCAAAGUAACCAGAAUUACAGCUAUUGCGACACAAGGCCGUCAAGGUUCCUCCUACUGGGUUAAAACGUACAGUUUGCAGUACAGCGACGAUGGAACUAACUUCAAAGACUAUGAAGGGGGAAAGACUUUACCUGGAAAUUCUGAAGGAUCAACAGUUGUCAAAACCAACCUUGAUCCUGCUAUAGCUGCCAGGUAUAUCAGACUUCUACCAAAGACAUACCAUAACCACAUGAUACUUAGAAUGGAACUUUAUGGAUGCCAAAUAUAAAAUCUUAGUAUUUUGAACAGUCCAUGCACUGGAAAAAAUCGCGCGCUUUUUAAACCUUUAAAAAGGUUGUACAUUUGAUGUAGAUAUAUGAUGUAAGUGUCCAAAAUUCUGUAAAUCAUUCACAUCACUGAAAUUGUUUUUGAAUUUUGGACACUUACAUCAUAUUCACAUCAAAUUUACAACCUAUAAAGCGCGCGAUUUGUUUUCAGUGCUAAUGCUUGCACUACUUCCUAUAUGCAAUCUGCUAGUCACAAUACACCAUUAAAUGUCUUUCUUGUCAAUGAAUAGGUUUACUCUUUUGAAGACAAGCUAUGUACUGCCAUGUAUACAUGUAAAUUGAACUGUUAGACAUGAUUGCAUAUGCAAUAAGUGCAAAUGAUUUGUUUACAAUAAGUUACGGGAUAUUAUAAGUGAAAACUAGUUGCAUGAUUUUUAUGAAAUUUACGCUAUAUUUUAUCGUUAGAGCAAUGGUCGGUAUUCUUUAAGAUAAUACUAUACCAAGUUCUUUUUUAUAUAUGUUAAAGCUAAUUAGUGUUACUAUAUAAUGUACCACUUUAUCAAUUACCACUUUAUUAUAUUCAUUUUGAAAUCCUAAUAAAAAGCCGAAAUUAACUGACUUAUGAAACCGGAACCGGAAAGUCUUUUACAUCUCAUGUAAUUUCACUUCGAGGAAAACUGCGAACUUGACAUGUUCAAGUUUUAUUUCAGUUUGAGUCCUCAUAAGAUUAAAUUAUGCAGGGCCUCUCUUUCGUCUGUUGUAAAGAUGAUCUAAGAAUUGUUUCAGGAUCUCUGAGAUGGAUAUUUUAACGUGUCUUUAUCGACAAAUUUAAGAAAGCUGUCAUCGGCGAGAAAGACAAACGAUGCCAUGUGAUUUUGAGAAUUUCCUCGCCCUCACAAUCCUUACGUUGUUGCCUUUCUCCUUCAAAGAGCGGUCAAAGACACUUUGUAUGUGGUUGGAUUGGUAAUUGUCAACUUUUUGAGUUCUUACUCUAGCAUAGAACUGACAGAAAAUGUUGUCAAAGUUGUACGUGCUUGAAAAAAAUCAAGAUGGCGGCUCGUGACGAGGACAUUCAUCCACUUUUGUUGCUGGCUUUGUUCUUAUUAGUGACAUAAAGCCUAGGGAUGUCUGCAUAAUUUAUAAGCACUGGAAAUCUUCAUUCAUAGAUGGAAUCGAAUUGUUUGUUGCAGUUGCAAAUUCUGCAACAAGAAUGCAUCCCUUGCAUUGGAUUUGGUGGACAUUUUAGACAUUUUUGGACUCAAAAUAACACUUUAGUCAGAUAUUGAAAGUAUCAAAUGAUGAAAAAUCGCACUGAGGUAGUACAUUGUCAUCUAAAAACUGUAUGUAAGAACUGAAAUAAUCCAAUUUGCUUCUAUUUUGCAUUAAAAAUUUGCURCAAAAUUUARAACAAAUGUACAUUGUGUGUCCUUGAUUGGUUGACUACAAACAAUCCUGUAAUCUGAUUGGUUACUUUCCAUUAGUUUUCCAUUGUGAUUGGAUGACAAAAUGAUGGAUUGCAGACUCAAAAUAGUGCGAUUCGGACUCAAAAUAGUCGUGCUAGAAUCAAUCUACUGAGAGCCAAUCAGAUUGCAGGAUUUGCUAGUAAUUUCAAAAUGAAUAUAAUAAAGCUUGAAAUGUAAAGUGCACACUUAAAGAGCCGUUGUGAUAUACCACGUUAAAACGUGCCUAUGACGCCCGACAAAAUUAUGUUUCUCUGUUAGCUGAUUCUAUAUAAAAUAAAGAAUUAAAUGGUGAAGUAUUUCUGCAUUUCACUGCUAUGCUGCGUCUUUUUAGUUAUGAAGGUUCAAUCUUACAAUAUGUUAAUGAAAAUGACGUCAAAGAAGACUUCAUUAGAUAUACGAACUUUGAAACAGUCGCUCAAAAAUAAACCAAUCAGAUAGCAUCGCAACUUCAUAGUUAUAUGAUCGUAAAAUAGCUGCGGGGAUCUCAUAUUUUGUAAACAUUUGCAUUGCCAUAAUCAUCAAUAAGGUAGUUAUAUGGGAGAUUAUCAUGGGAGCUUUUAUUUGACGCUUUUCAGUUUCAAUUAGCUCGUUUCUCAGUUGUCAGCCACAAAUUCUAUCAGUACGUUUUCUACAAGAAAAGUACCUCAUUGCUAUGCUAUAAUUUCAGCUUCAGUAACGAGAAGGAAAGAUAAGUGCUCUUCCGUUAAUUUAUUGAAUUGAUUUCUUUA